AUGCCUGGAGGUAAUGUUGGGACUGGGGCUGGUGCGACCCCUAGCACUAGCCUCGAAGACAUGAUUGCUUCUAUGACUGGUGCGUUUCGAAGUAUGUCUAUGGCUAGGUCAAUGCCCUCGAUGAAGUUGCCUAAGUUUAAGGGCACUCCACAGAAGCCUGGUGAUUUGACUGUACGUGAAUGGUUUGAUGAAUUCGAUGAAUACUGCCAAUAUUACCAGUUAUCGGAGAGAGAGAAAGCACAAGUUCUUGUGACUCAUCUAAGUGGUCCUGCCAAGGAUGAAAUCAUGUGUAUGGAGGCAAGCCUACGUGAUGAUCCGACCGGCCUGAGAAGGGUUCUGAUGACUCGGUUUGGCUUAAGAGAGAGUGUCCAAAGCUUGAGUAGUGAACUUCACCACCGUGUUCAACUUGACGGAGAAUCACUUGCGGAUUUCAGUAGUGUUCUCAUCCGUUUGCAUGAUAGGAUGGAAGCAGCCGCUUCCAUACCUGAGAAGGAAGCUCUGGAAAGAUUGAGAGACAUGAACCUCAAGGAAAAAUUCGUGAGAGGGGUGCGGGACAAACAGAUCCAGAGAGAGCUGAGGAGGAUCCUAAUUUCUAGCGGAUCUGGGACAUUCCUGACGAUGAGAGAAGAAGUCCUGAAUUUAUUUCAAGACACAGAUACGGUCCCAAGACCUAGGGUGAGAGAAUGUGAGGUAGAGACUGCUAGGGUCGAAGCAUCCUCUGAAACAGCUGAGAUAAAAACAAUGAAGGAGGAAAUAUCUCUUCUUAAAGAGGGACUUAGUGAAGUUGUCAAGGAAAUUGAGUCCCUACAGCUCCCCCCUCAUCUUCGACAAAAACCAAAGAAGAAAGAGUUACAUUGCUUUAAUUGCAAACAGAAGGGCCAUGUACAGAAAAAUUGUGUUAAACCACCUAGAUGUUAUGGCUGUGACAAGCCAGGUCACUUCAAGAAAGAUUGUCCAGAGGUUAUGGAAACGGUGAGGGAAAGUCCAAAGGCCAUAGUCAAGAUAGCUGGAGUCGAGACUGGAUGUAUUCUAGACACAGGUGCCGAAUCGAGUCUGGUUCCACUGAGUUACUACGAGAGAUAUUUAGAGGGGAUCAUUGGGGAUCUCGAAGGCACUGAUAGCGGUUUAAGAGUGACUGGCAUCUCAGGAGCCGUCCCAAUCGUAGGUUACUUCAGGGCACCAGUUACAGCCAAUGGGAAGACAGACAAGGUAGGAUUUCUCGUGAUUAAGGAUGUAGUCCCUUGUAAGAGAAAGGAAUACCCAGUUUUAUUAGGCUCCAAUGCUCUUUACAGCUUUGUGGGAGAUGAGUCUCAGAGUGGAAAAACUGCCUGGCAGAUGGUUGCGGAGGUCUUAAAGGCAUUUCUUAAGCCUGUGUUGAACCCGGAGACUUCAACUGUGCUGAAGACAAGAGAUAACGAUGAGGUGAUAACACCGCUCACUGUCAGGAGAUUAGAGUGUCACGUGGACAAUGCUGCCCAGUGGGAUGGUCGAGAUGUUCUCGUCCGAGUUAUACGCGAUGAGUCAGAGGACAGUUCAAACCUGAAUUUGAUUGACCUUUUUGAUGGUUGCACUCAGGUGAAGGGAGAAAGACUUCAUGUGACAGUAGCCAAUCGGAGUGAGCAGCAACUUGUCAUUGAGCCCAAUACGACACUGGCAUCUGCUACAAGGAUUGAAAGAAAGAGUGAAAUAGUACUACAAGAACAGAACAAUACAGUGGAAGUCAUGGUCACUGAUAUAGAAGUUGAGCCUGGCGCAGUUAAUAAUGAUGCUCCAGUGAAGGAAACCCUUGAAGCCCUAGGAGGAGCUUCAUAUUUCUCCUCCCUAGAUUUGGCUAACGGAUAUUUUCAGGUAGCCAUGGACAAGGAUUCCAUAGACAAGACGGCGUUUCGUGUUCCUUGGGGCCUGUUUGAGUUCAAGAGGAUGCCACAAGGCUUAGUUAAUAGUCCCAGUACUUUCCAGAGGGUGAUGGAAUUGGUCCUUGGAGAUUUGAAUAUGACACAAGUAAUCAUAUACUUAGAUGACAUACUUAUCUAUUCAAUCACGUUUGAGGAACAUAUUGAGAGACUUCAAGCUGUUUUCACCAGAUUGACUAACAAUGGUCUUAAGCUCAAGGGGAAGAAGUGCAAGUUCCUUCAGAAAAGGGUGAACCAUCUGUGUCAUGUGGUGACGGCGGAAGGCAUAUCUGUAGAUCCAGGGAAGAUAGAACGAAUAAGGGACUGGCCAACCCCCAGCUCACCUGAGGAACUUCGUUCAUUUUUGGGCUUGGCAUCAUAUUACCGUAGAUUUAUCACAGGUUUUGCACAGAUUGCCUCCCCUCUACAUGCCUUAGUCGGAAAGACACAGAAGUCAUCGAAGAAGUCCAGGCGGUAUCAGAAGAAGAAAGGUGACGUAUCAGCAAUGUUUGAAUGGACAGAUGAAGCAGAGAAAUCACUUGCCACACUCAAAAGAUUGUUGACAUCGACGCCAGUUUUGAGCUAUCCAACAGCCAAGUUAGGAGCAACGGAGCAGAGGUGGAUCGCCCAACUAGCUCCCUUUGACUUGGAAAUCAGAUAUAGGUCAGGACGUUCCAAUAGGUGUGCUGAUGCACUUAGCAGGUGUUCAGUUCUUCCAGUGGAGUUGUCGACUGAACCUCAAAUCAAGAGGAAAGAGCUACAGGGAGAGCCAUUGCAAGCAAUUGGCCCUGGAAUCUUCCCUUUGUUCAGCCUCGAAGAACUGAAGAAACUCCAAGAGCAGGAUGAAUCACUUGGUGAUUUGGGACUGUUAUCGGAGAGGAUGGCAACCAGGUCAAGUGAUCUCUGA